AAAGUGGGAUGAGCAUGCAUAUUGAUUUGAGCACAAAUGACACCAGAGAUUACCGAUACCGAGAAUUGGAGAAUGGCCUACGGGUGCUUUUGCUAUCCAGUCCGCAAAACCCCGAAUCAGACGUGUCAGCACUGAAAAAUUCCCCCCGGACUGACGACAUGUCAGCUGCCUGUUUGUGUUUACGAUUCGGUUCGUUCUCCGACCCCGUUGAAAUGCCCGGUUGUGCCAACCUCCUCAGUCGCGUUUUAACCUUAGGCAGCAAAACGUUUGCCGGGACUAACAGCUUCAACGCGUUUCUCCAACAAAACAACGGAGAAAGUGGCGCCUACUGUACCUAUGAGUAUACAACAUUCUGUUUUCAAAUUGGAGCAUCACAUCUGGAGGGUGCGUUGAUGCGGUUUGUGACGUUGUUCGAAUGUCCCGAACUACCCGAGGAAGGGAUCAAGCAAGCGUUAAGCACGAUGGAUACAGAAUACAGGAAACUCAAGGUAACUGAUCAAGCUGCCAUGCGACAGUUCAUCUCCUUUUUGGCCAAAGAUGGUUCCCCAUUUCACAGGUUUCACAAAGGAAAUAGUUCAUCUAUUCGUGGGAAACCAGAGAGGUCUACGGAAGCGAUACGCCAAAUACUGUUGGAACAUUUCGCCGCAUAUUAUUCCGCACAUCACAUGACUUUGGUAGUACAAUCCUCGCACUCCCUGGACGAUUUGGAACGAAUGAUCAGCGAGUUAUUCUCCCACCUUCGCAAAAUUCCUACGGCUGACGUGUGUUUCGCCCAGCACGCUGACAGUUUUAAUAAUCAAAACUUCACAAAGUUCUAUAAGAUCAUCCCGAACAGACCAAAGGAAGUUCUACGCCUUGUAUGGUGCCUCACCUGCCUUCGGUCACAGUAUCGUGCCAACCCACUGCUGAUUGUGUCAUCUCUUCUAAAAAAUAUGAACGAAGGAGGUUUGGCAUACUAUCUGGAUGAAAAUUUCCUGGCCACGGACUUAGACUGUGAUUUUGGAACGCUUUGUGAGUUCUCAAACUCCACGAUCUGUACCUUCUUCGUUGUCCAUAUGAAUUUGACGCAGACUGGCACGCAGCGAAUAUCCGAGAUUUGCGGAGCCGUGUACGACUAUCUGAAAUUCCUAACGGAGGAAGCUGGUCGCUGCCUGAAUCAAUGGGACCAAAGCAACUGGGAUUUCCUGUGGAACGAUGAUCCUCAUACAUUUGCAACCUAUGUACAAGAGCUGAAAAUUGUUCAAGAAAGUCGUUUUAUCGACCAACCAGUGCAUCCGGCCUACGUGAGCACAAUUAGUUUGGCGAACAUGAUGCAUCGUGUUUCCAUGGAAGAUCUUUAUUCCGGUUAUUUUCUAGUCAAGGAGACCAAUUUCCAGCUCUAUUACGACCUGAUUACUCGAAUGUCGAAACAAAAUCUCUGUAUAAUCUGGUGCGCCCCUGAUCUCACCUCAACUUUGAACAAGGAUACCAGGCUGAUGAAUGAAAGAACGACGGGUCUGAAGUACAUUGCUUGCGAUAUUCCAGCUGAAGUGACGGAGCGUCGACUUAAGGAGCGUCCACAAAUCCGGUUUUCACUUCCCGCCAAAAACCGAAUGAUUGGUGAACAAUUCAUGCAAUUACCUUGCUCGAACGAUUUAAAACCCCCGACAGACUACAACGCACACGAGGACAGAGCCAGAUAUCGUGACUACGGAUCGCUAUGGAUUCAAUUGUCGAAGGAUUUCGAAUAUCCGAGAGCUACUUUUGCCCUUCGCAUUUCGUCGGCUAUCGCACUGGAAUCAGUAAGAAACUCAACACUAUUGAUUUUGUUUGUUGAAGAACUGCGGCAAACCUUGUCAAACAAGAGGAGGGAGGAUCACCACAAGCGUAUGCAAUAUGAACUGUCUGUCAUUGACGGUGGAUUUGAAAUCCGCGUGAGCGGUCCCAGCAAACACAUUCGCGAAUUCUACUACUCAGUGAUUUCCACAGCUUUUCGGAGAACGGCCAGCAUGGAUGUAGAAAUGUACGAAUCUUUGCGUGCUUUGGUCAAAUCCAAGUUGAGUCAGUCUGUCGCGGACCUGGAUACAUUGGCUUUGAAUCUGUUUCACUUUCUCACGCACAAGCCGGCAUUCCCACUGACCGAGCAGCUGGAUACACUGGGAAGUAUAACGAUUGCUGACCAAAUGGCAUUCGUCACGCAGCUUCUUUGCCAACUACGAAUAACUGCAUAUGGUCGUGGCGAUCUGGAUACAGAGGAAAUCAAAAGCAUGUAUGACCGCACGAUACGCUCGAUAAGUUGUAUUCCGGCCAUUUCAAUCAGAGAAAUAAGACCCACAUUGAUCCCACCGGGGACCUAUCAUUUUGAACAAGAAAACUCUGGAGCGAGCAAUCAGCGGGCUUUGUUUGGCAGAUACUGCAUAUCACCUGAGUCGAAUGCCUAUUUUGAGGCAUACAAUCAAGCAAUCGUGGAGCUCCUCUUGAAAGAAGCGCCCAGCUUCUUCACCGAUCCAACUGCGACAGAAACCAAGGUUGUGGUACGCUAUAUUCGAUCACUUUCAGUGUCACGUGGACCCGGUGCAAUCGUGACCACCGUUCAGUUGAACACACACUCCAGGUUAACCGAAUAUUUGGGAAGUUUGCUUUCUGCAUUCUGGAUUUGUGUGGCCCCGCAAAUCAUUGCUGGUGUGGACUCGUUUGAAUUUCAAAAAGUUCGCAGCCAGUUAACUUGUAAAAUCCGACGGCAAUUUUCAACAGUCGAUAGACCGUUCGACACGAACUGGAAUUUGAUUUCGACUUAUGAUGCGGAAUUUGAAAUGGCCAAACUUAUGAUAUCUCAUGUGAAUAGCAUGACGCGAGAAAAACUGCUCAACUUUUACGUCAAAAAUUAUGUGGAUCCAGGAUAUCAGAAAUCCAUCAUGCUUAAGAUUACACCUCCUUCAAAGUCUCCGCGAAAGAAACCUCACUCCACUUCGAACAAAAGCUCCGGAGAGGAUUUUGUACGGGCUCACAUGAAACAAUAUUUUGCUGCAGCAAAACUGGACUGUAGCACAUUGAACAAGCACUCGAAUCUCCAAGCUGUAAUCGCUCGCGCCUACCCUGAGUCUAGUAAACGAAUAACAGAUACACUCACAUUCAGGCAAGCAUAACUAGAAGACAGAAACACUUAUAGCACUCGUUUUAGCAAAAUCGUACAAAAAAUAGAUCGUCCUUUC